AUCCUAAGGAUUCUGCUGCUGGCAUUCCAGGGAGCUGAUCUUUGUUUUUACUGUGUAAGUCUUAGGAAGAAUGGAGGUCAGACUGGAAAGACCUGUGCAGAAAAGGCAAGUACUGCUUCUUUGUGUAUUUCUGGGAGCAUCUUGGGCUGGCUCCGAGCAGCUUCAGUAUUUUGUGGCAGAGGAAACUGAGAGAGGCACUUUGCUGGCCAAUCUAGCUAAAGAUUUGGGGUUGGGGCUGGGGGAACUGUCAGCUCGGGGCGCUAGAAUUGUUUCAGACCAGAACACACGGUUUUUACUGCUCAAUCUGCUCACUGGAGACUUAAUUCUAAAUGAAAAGUUGGACCGGGAGGAACUGUGCGGCCCCACAGAGCCAUGUGUGCUGACUUUCCAGUUGCUGUUGGAAAACCCAUUUCAGAUUCAUCGUGCUGCACUGCAUGUCAGAGAUAUAAAUGAUAAUUCCCCAGUGUUUCUAGACAAAGAAAUUCCCUUGAAAAUAUCAGAAAGUAUGACACCAGGGACGACGUUUCUCUUGGAGAGGGCACAGGAUUCCGAUGUGGGAACAAACAGCCUGAAUAACUACACCAUCAGUCCCAAUGCCUAUUUCCACAUUCACGUGCAUGACGGAGAGGAGGGCACUAUCUUUCCUGAAUUAGUACUGGAUCAAACGCUGGACCGAGAGGAAUUAGCUGAGUUCACUUUAACUCUUACAGCCUUAGAUGGUGGAUCUCCGCCCAGAUCCGGGACAGCCCUGGUUCGAAUCCUGGUGUUAGACAUAAAUGACAACUCCCCUGAGUUCGUGCAGUCCCUCUACAAAGUCCAGUCACAUGAAAACACUCCUGUUGGUUCCUUGGUUGUUGCUGUGUCUGCUAGGGAUUUAGACACGGGAAGUUAUGGAGAGAUAACAUACACAUUUUUUUAUGCCACUGAAAGAAUACUCCAAACAUUUCAAAUCAAUUCCACAACUGGCAAAAUUUAUCUUAAAGGCAAACUCAACUACGAAGCAAUUCAAAGUUACUCGAUAACUAUACAGGCUAAAGAUGGCGGGGGACUUUCUGGGAAAUGUACUGUGGUUGUAGAGGUAAUGGAUGUAAAUGAUAACCCACCUGAACUUCUCAUGUCAUCAUUUACAAGCCCAAUUGCUGAAAACUCACCAGAGACGGUCGUUGCUGUUUUUAGAAUUAGAGACAGAGAUUCAGGAAACAAUGGGAAAACCAUGUGCUCCAUUCCACAUGAUCUCCCUUUUGUCCUGAAACCAUCUGUGGAAAAUUUCUACACCCUGGUAACAGAGAUGCCUUUAGAUAGAGAACUGCACACCGAGUACAACAUCACCAUCACAGUCACCGACAUGGGCACACCCAGGCUCACAACCCAGCACACCAUAACAGUGCAGGUGUCUGAUGUCAACGACAAUGCCCCUGCCUUCACACAAAGCUCCUACACCCUGUUUGUCCAGGAGAACAACAGCCCCGCCCUGCACAUAGGCACCAUCAGCGCCACAGACUCAGACUCAGGCUCCAAUGCCCACAUCACCUACUCGCUGCUGCCCACCCACGACCCGCAGCUGGCCCUGGAUUCGCUCAUCUCCAUCAAUGCAGACAACGGGCAGUUGUUUGCGCUCAGGGCGCUGGAUUAUGAGGCCCUGCAGACCUUCGAGUUCCGUGUGGGCGCUACAGACCAAGGGUCGCCAGCACUCAGCAGCCAGGCAUUGGUGCACGUGCUCGUGCUGGACGCCAAUGACAAUGCGCCCUUUGUGCUCUACCCUCUGCAGAACGCCUCUGCACCUUGCACUGAGCUGCUGCCCAGGGCAGCAGAGACAGGCUACCUGGUCACCAAGGUAGUGGCUGUGGACCGCGACUCUGGCCAGAAUGCAUGGUUGUCAUUCCAGCUGCUCAAGGCUACGGAGCCUGGGCUAUUCACCGUGUGGGCUCACAAUGGCGAGGUGCGCACCUCCAGGCUGCUGAGUGAGCGCGAUGCUCCCAAGCACAGGCUGCUGCUCCUGGUCAAGGAUAAUGGCGAUCCUCAGAGGUCUGCCAGUGUCACUCUGCAUGUGCUGGUGGUGGAUGGCUUCUCUCAGCCCUACCUGCCUCUGCCUGAGGUGGCGCACGACCCCACACAUGAUGAAGACUCACUCACCCUAUACCUGAUCAUCGCCUUGGCGUCUGUGUCUUCGCUCUUCCUCAUGUCUGUGCUGCUAUUUGUGGGGGUGAGGCUGUGCAGAAGGGCCAGGACAGCCUCGCUUGGUGGCAGCUCUGUGCCUGAAGGACACUUUCCUGGCCACCUGGUGGAUGUUAGCAGGGUAGGGACACUGUCCCAGAACUACCAGUAUGAGGUGUGUCUGACUGGAGGGUCAGGGAUAACCAGCGAAUUUAAUUUCUUAAAACCAAUUGCCCCCAACUUCUUAACCGAAAGCGCAGGGAGAGAAGCAGAAUAAAUACCAAAACCUUCUGCCUGUGGAUAUAGCCCUUGUUUAAAGUAUGCCCUUGUUUCCUGUAGGAAAAUGAUUUUAUGCUAACAUCUUGAGGUUAAUUA